AGUCACCGGGUUCAUAGGAAGUGAAGGUUGAGGAGCGACGGAUGGAUGAAUGAAUCGGAUAAGAGUUUCAACUUUAUGUGCUUUUGUAGAGGAGGAACGACAGGGAGGACGGCGCUCUCCUCACCCCCGGUGAUGUGUACGGGACCAGACAGGCUCCUCCGCGGCGAAUCAGCGGCAAUGUCAGCCCGACCGAGGGGCUCAAGGAUGAAGCGCGUCUCCGACCACCGCUGCUCAACUACGGUGCAGUAGUGUGUAAAAUCACCGCCUGCUUGUUUUCGCCCCGCGCUGAGCUCUGAACACGUUGUCCUUUGUGGCCAAAUGUGGGAAGGAGCUCACGUUUCUUCGGGAGAUUCCUGUGGAACAACAGGAGAAGUUGGUUUCGGCGGAUCCUACAUGUGCAUUGUGUUUGCAGUGACUGCUCGGGCCUCUUGACAGCAUCAAAGCGCACAAACCUCUGGCAAAAUGUCAAGGAUGCUCCGGGAGGGAGCGCAGACCGCAGAGACAGCAGCAUGACUGGCAACCCUGAGACACAGGUCAGAAGUGGAGCUGAGAGAGAAGCACUGCUGCUGCUGUUUCAGAGACAUUUUUAACCACACAGAAUGGGACUGCUUGACAUUUGUGUGUUUUUCUGGGCUUCUUCGACGUGACACUGUGUGCGCCUUUUUGGCUCCUGUGCGCCAGGACGCUGUUUCUGCUGCUGCUGUGCAGGUCGGGUGUGAACUGGAGCCCCGGUGGAUGCCGCAGCCCUGCCGGGUCAUAAUCACUGAACAGUGAGGGGGGUCAAGAGAUUGUUUUGGUGAGGGGAAACCCCCGCUUCUUCAUUGCGCCAUGGAUGACUCGGGGAUAAUCCGGCGCCGGAGGCUGCAGAAGGAUUUGCCACUGCCUCGCAAGAGCAGCAGCUGCCGAACAAGCAACAGGAAAAGUCUGAUCCUGACCACCACCUCCCCCACGCUGCCUCGCCCACACUCCCCUCUUCCUCUCCCUGGACACCUCGGAAGCAGCCCCCUGGACAGCCCACGAAACUUCUCUCCCAGCAACCCUGCACACUUCUCCUUCGCCUCCUCCAGAAGAGCGGACGGACGACGAUGGUCUUUAGCAUCUUUGCCUUCCUCUGGAUAUGGCACCAACACUCCCAGCUCAACGUCCUCCAGCUCCUCUCAGGAGCGACUGCACCAGCUGCCCUUCCAGCCCACCAUGGACGAGCUCCACUUCUUAUCCAAGCACUUUGGCAGCACCGAGAGCAUCACGGAUGAUGAUGGGGGCCGCUGCUCUCCACACAUGCGCCCGCGCUCCCGCAGCCUCAGCCCAGGACGUUCCUCCUCCUGCUAUGAUAAUGAGAUAGUCAUGAUGAACCAUGUGUACAAAGAGCGCUUUCCAAAGGCCACGGCACAGAUGGAGGGGAGGCUGGCCGAGUUCAUCCAGGCUUUCUCUCCUGAAAAUGUUCUUCCACUGGCCGACGGAGUCCUCAGCUUCAUUCACCACCAGAUCACUGAGCUGUCCAGAGACUGCCUGGCCAAAUCCCGAGAGGGCCUCAUCACAUCUGUUUACUUCUUUGAGCUGCAGGAGAACCUGGAGAAGCUCCUUCAGGAUGCCUUCGAGCGCUCAGAAAGCACCGAGGUAGCCUUCGUCACAGAGUUGGCGAAGAAGCUUCUCAUCAUCAUCUCCCGACCUGCCAGGCUUCUGGAGUGUCUGGAGUUUAACCCCGAGGAGUUCUACCAUCUGCUGGAGGCCGCGGAGGAUCACGCCAAGGAGGGUCACCUGAUGAAAACGGACAUUCCUCGUUACAUCAUCAGCCAGCUGGGGCUGACUAGAGACCCUAUUGAAGAGAUGGUAAACCUCGACAGUUACGACAGUGAGGGACCGCUGACACCUGAAACAGAUGACUCAGCAGAGGGUAAGAUUAAAGCAAUGAAACCACCAGGAGAAGCAGACUUCCAGACCAUCAAGCUGAUCAGUAACGGAGCGUACGGCGCUGUGUACCUGGUGCGUCAUCUGGAGACACGCCAGCGAUUUGCUAUGAAGAAGAUCAAUAAGCAGAACCUGAUCCUGAGGAACCAGAUCCAGCAGGCCUUUGUGGAGAGAGACAUCCUCACCUUCGCAGAGAAUCCCUUUGUCGUCUCCAUGUUCUGCUCUUUCGAAACCCGUCGGCACCUCUGCAUGGUCAUGGAGUAUGUAGAAGGUGGAGACUGUGCUACUUUGCUGAAGAACAUUGGGGCUCUGCCUGUGGAAAUGGCACGCAUGUACUUUGCAGAGACCGUCCUUGCACUGGAGUACUUACACAACUAUGGCAUCGUACACCGUGACCUCAAGCCUGACAACCUCCUGAUUACCUCGAUGGGCCACAUCAAGCUCACAGACUUCGGUCUUUCUAAGAUGGGUCUGAUGAGUCUGACCACCAACUUGUAUGAAGGACACAUAGAGAAGGACACUCGGGAGUUCUUGGAUAAACAGGUGUGUGGAACUCCCGAGUACAUCGCUCCGGAGGUUAUUCUUCGCCAAGGCUAUGGGAAGCCGGUGGACUGGUGGGCUAUGGGCAUCAUCCUGUAUGAGUUCCUGGUGGGCUGUGUGCCUUUCUUUGGAGACACUCCAGAGGAGCUGUUCGGACAGGUCAUCACAGAUGACAUAGUGUGGCCUGAAGGGGAAGAGGCUCUUCCUGUCGAUGCCCAGAACCUGAUCUCCUCCCUUCUGCAGACAAAUCCACUGGUUCGACUGGGAACAGGUGGUGCGUUUGAAGUGAGGCAGCACUCGUUCUUCACAGAGGUGAACUGGAACAGCCUGCUGAGACAGAAGGCAGAGUUCAUUCCUCACCUGGAGUCUGAGGAAGACACCAGUUAUUUUGACACCCGAUCUGAGCGCUACCAUCAUGUGCAUUCAUACGAUGAGGACGACACCAAUGACGACGAGCCCGUGGAGAUACAUCACUUCUCAUCCUGCUCCCCUCGCUUCAGCAAGGUGUACAGCAGUAUGGAGCAGCUGUCCCAGCUGGAGCAUAAAGUCCCUGGCGUGACUCUACGGGAGCACAAGGUCCCCAGGGAGGAUCGAGUGGCCAAGAGAGAAAGUCUGGGGAGCCUCACCCUCAGGGACAAGAGCUGGAGGACUGGAUCGCCUGAGAUGAAGCGCUUAUCCUGCUCUGAGUCCUCCUUUAUGGAGAGCGACUCCAGCCCACCGUCUGGAGCCCGAAGACGCUUCUCCGCCCUCAUGGACACACACCGCCUGGCCUCCCCCCUGGAGGUCGACUCUGAGCUGCCUGUCCCCAGCAGGCAGCCUGCAGUGAAGGCCAGAGGGACGUCCCUGGAGGGAGCCAUGGCUGCCAUCGCCUCUCAAGGGGAUCUGAAAACACUCCUUAAAGACAGCAACGGGGUCGCAGCUGGGGACAAGCUGUUGAGACCUGCUGAUGCAUCGUUGCCUCUACCAGGCACUGCUUCUGUUCUGGGGCUUCCAGACCCACAGGGUCCCCGCGGGGCCACCACUGACCUGGUGCUGCGGAGGGUUCGCCACCAGCAGCUCUCAGCUGAAGGAGAGAAACGCAGCUCACGGCCAGGAUCCAAAGUUAUUAAAUCUGCUUCUGCUACUGCUCUGUCUGUCAUCAUUCCUGCAGUGGAGCAACACGUUGCCUCCCCGCUGGCAAGCCCCAUGUCUCCUCGCUCCCUCUCGUCCAACCCUUCGUCGCGUGACUCUUCUCCCAGCAGAGACUACUCUCCCAUGGUCAACGUCCUGCAUUCUCCAAUCACCAUCCACCGCUCAGGGAAGAAGUACGGCUUCACUCUGCGAGCCAUCAGAGUCUACAUGGGGGACAGUGAUGUUUACAGUGUACAUCACAUGGUCUGGCAUGUGGAGGAAGGCGGUCCCGCCCAGGAAGCUGGACUUAACGCUGGUGACCUCAUCACUCACGUAAAUGGGGAGUCAGUCCACGGUCUGGUUCAUACAGAGGUGGUGGAGCUCAUCCUGAAGAGUGGAAACAAGGUGACAGUUACAACGACUCCAUUUGAGAACACCUCUAUAAAAGUGGGUCCCGCCCGCAAGUCCAGCUAUAAAUCCAAGAUGGCACGACGCAGCAAGAGAGCCGGAGCCAAGGAGGGACAAGAGAAGAAGCGCAGCUCCCUGUUCAGGAAAAUCACCAAGCAGUCCAACCUGCUCCACACCAGCCGGAGCCUCUCCUCUUUAAAUCGCUCCCUUUCAUCUGGUGACAGUCUCCCAGGCUCCCCCACCCACAGCCUCUCCGCCCGCUCACCCACUCAGAGUUACCGCUCCGCUCUGACUGAAUCCACCUACCUGGGCACCUCCUCCCAGAGCAGCUCUCCAGCAUCCAGCACUCCCAACUCCCCCGCAGCCUCUCACCACAUGAGGCCCAGCUCCCUGCAUGGCCUGUCCCCCAAACUCCACCGCCAGUACCGCUCUGCACGCUGCAAAUCUGCCGGCAACAUCCCUCUGUCUCCCCUGGCUCACACCCCCUCCCCCACCACCUCCUCUCCCCCGCCUCUCUCCGGCCACACAGUCGGAAGCUCCAACACCACACAGAUGUUUCCCGCCAAGCUGCACUCCUCGCCUCCUGUCGCCCGCCCUCGUCCCAAAAGUGCAGAGCCGCCCAGGUCCCCCCUGCUGCAGCGGGUGCAGUCGGCAGAAAAGCUAGGGGCUCCGAUGCUGCCUUCCUCGUCUUCAUCAUCAUCGUCACCCUCUCCUCUGACAGGCGGGGUGUCGUUACGCAAGCAUAGCCUGGAGGUGUCGCACGGGGACUACAGGAGAGAGUCCUUCCACUGUGAGCACAGUCUGCAAAGUCUGCUGGAGAUGGAAGGAGAGAACGGACCUGCUCCCCCAUCUCCUUCAUCAUCCUCCUCCCCCUCUCCCCCCAUGGGAGGGGAGAUUGGAGGUUUGAAGCCAGUACGGAAGCUGGGGAGGCAGGAGUCACCACUGAGCCGCGACACUCUGCUCACAUCAAGAGAGAAGGAUACCCAGACCAUAGCGUCUGAGCUCAGCGGGUCGCAAACCCAGAGCCUCGUUACUAAAGCUGAGUCCAAGAGCGAUGUUGUUGAUAAGGCUUUAUCCUCUGCUGAGGUUCUGAAGAAUAACGUGAGUCCAGCUCUGGUUUCAUCCAGUACAGAGGCCAAGCCCAGCCCAGGGGACAAACCUCAGAAAGUAAGUACUUCAGCUUCUGAGGCGACUGUCUCCAAGAGUAAACUCAGUGAGAAAAUCUCAUCAAAGAGCCCGCAACAACAAGACGGUAAGCAGCAGGGUGCACAGACAGACAGCGCUCCUGCAACUAAAGCUCAGGAGAAGAUUGAGGAGAAGGUGAAAGGCACUGCAGCGACAGAGAAAGGAAGCAUACAGAAAGUAUCUGCAGAGUCAAAGCCACGUAAAGGCGCAGAGACCGCAGAGAAAGGAGGCGUCGAUAAAGCAACUGAGACGACCAAGGUCAAAGGACCGGCGCCCCCGGUUCCCACCCAGGCUCAAUCCCACGCUGCAGCUCAUGCGCCCGCUGCUGCCAGAUCCAAAAUCGAGAAAGUAUCGCACAGUUACCGCGGGGCCAAGGAAGAGAGGGCACACCUGGAGGUCCUGGAAGAGAACCCCAUGUCGCCCUCCUCUAACGCAGCCUCGCCCUGCUCGAGCAAGUCUCGCCCGAUGUCUCCGGGGGAUAAAGCCAGCUUCGUCACCCAGCUCACGAGCGUGGCCAAAACAGUGCUCGGGCCAAUGAAGGUGGGGUCACAAGAGGCCGCCAAGGGUAAAGACACCUCCAAGUCAGGUGAGGAGAGGCGAGGAAACACAGCAGGAAAACCAGAGGCUUCGUCCGGUGGCGGCCGACGGGGCACUCCGACUGCAGCGGCUGGCACAGUCCACUCUGAUAAAGGGAACAGUCGCAGCUCCAAGCAUCACUCGUGAUGAGAACGAGUCAGACUCUCCCAUGUAAUGCCUUUUACUGUAGCAUCACACUGACAUAUCAUGAAUUAACAUGACUGUGAACGGAGGGGAGACGUAAAUGCCUGAAGAAAUAACACCAAAUAGAUGACAACGUGACAUGUAGACACGCGAGAUGUGAACAUCCACCAUGUUGGAAUAUGUGCACACAUGGUAUCAUAAUGUAGGCCCGUGUAUGUACUGUAUGUUCAAUGUGUUGUAUAUAGGAGAAAAAAAUGCAUAUGUCUUAAUGCAUGUCCAACACUGUACAUGGAAAAUGAAAGAAUAUUUAAAAAGAUGAGAAAUAUAAAGCAGACCUUAAGGUGGUGAACACUGUGAACAACUUUUCAACAGGCAAACUGUGUGUAAACAAGCAGGUUUCUGUUAUCAAUGGGCAUUACUUGCAUUUCAGAUCAGCUCCAGUGCCAUCGUUCAGUUCACUUCAAAUUGUACUUCCUGUGUUUUGGUUACUAAAAGAGUUCAGGCUCGUAAAAAGUCUUCAAGAAUACAAACAUACUGAAAACUGGACCAAGAGCCCAGUCGACAGAAUAAAUGCUGGCACUGUACGUUUCUGCAAGUCAUAGAUUCCUUACAUUUUUACGUUUUUAUGUAGUGGAACUUUCGUUUCAACGUUUUGGCUAAUGUUUGUUCAGGUUUAGGCACAAAAACCACUUGAUUAUGUUUAGAUAAUGGCUAAAAAUAGCUUUGGUGGCACAAUCCCAGCUGCACAUGUGAUGUCUUGUUAAAAAACACCUUGUCAUGCCACAAUCCCUGCAGGAAACACACCGACACGUUGUUACAAAACACCCCUGUUUGGAGCCCAAUAAGUUUAAAGCCUAAAAAGCCAAAUAAAACACAGCGACAGGUUGCUACAAAACACCCUCGUUUGGAGUGUUAAAAGCUGAUGGGAACACACCGACAGUUAGCUACAAAACAUCCACGUUUAAAGCCUUAUACGUUUGGAGCUUAAAAAGCUAAUGGAAACACACUGACAGGUAAUUUCAAAACACCCUUGUAUUUCUUGCCUAAAAAGCCAAAGGAAACAAACUGACCGGUCGCUACAAAACACCAACAUUUGGAGCCUUAAAAGCCAAUUGAAACACAGCAACAGGUCACUACAAAACACCCAUGUUUGGUGCCAAAAAACCUGACUGAAACAUACUGACAGGUUGCUACAAAACACCCAUGUUUGGCGCCAAAAAAACGGAUUGAAACACACUGACAGGUCGCUACAAGCACCCACAUUUACGUUUGCAGCCUAAAAGCCAAUGGAAACACAGCAAGAGGUUGCUACCAAACACUCAAACAUUUGGAGCUUAAAGAACCAAUGGAAACAUAGCGAGAGGUUGCUACCAAACAUCUCCUUAUAGAGCCUAAAAAGCCAAUUGAAACACAGUAACAGGUCGCUACAAAACACCCUCGUUUGGAGCCUAAAAGCUGAUGGAGACAGACUGAUAGGUAGCUACAAAACACUCAUGUUUAGAGCCUGAAAAGCCAAUUGAAACACAGAUGUAGGUCCCUACUAAACACCCUUGUUUGGACCCUAAAAAGCUAAAUGAAAGACAUUGACAAGUUGCUACAAAACACACAAACAUUUGGUGACUGCAAAGCUGAUGAACUCACACUGACAGUAGCUACAAAACACAGUUUGGAGCCUAAUACACCGCUGGAAACACAGUAUUGACUUGCUAAAACUUGUUGUUUGUUGGUCUUGUGGAGUGGUCUGCAGCUUGGCAGGCACAUCACCGAGGUGUCACGCCAUCCACCAAUUCAUGUUGAUAUACAUAUGAAACCUAUAAAUAUAUUGGUAGUUUGCAGAAACAUACAGUGCCAACAUUUCCUUCUGGUGACCGGGCUGCCAAAAGACCAAAAUACUUGCACUGAUGGAAUUCGGUGAAUCAGCUGACGUGCUUCAGAUCUGUUAAAGGGCUGAAUCUGAGUGGAAUAGAAAGAGGUAGAUUAGACGAACAUGCACAGGGACACUAUGCAAUGUGCUAAUAAUGCCACUUUUCUUUUGUCUGUUUGUUUUUGGUGUCCCCAGUUACUGAGUUUACAUUGUGCUCCAGGCAGGAAGAGAAGACGGAGGAAAGCGUUGCAAUAAGCCGAGCAAACACAUUUUGUUUUAAAUGUCGUCUCCACUGAUCGUAGUGAAAUGUGCAAUUGUAUAGUUAAGGCUGUUAAGUGAAAACUUCACCUGCAGAAUCACCAUGUGUUGAUCAGUUACUCUCCUUGUGCUACCUUGAAUUUGUGAAGAAAACCUCUGCCUAUGAGCUUAAGCAGAGUUCAAACACAUGUAUGAGACUGAACUGACAUGUUUUAAAUAGUAAGGUUUGCACGUGUUGCACGUGUUUGGGAAACACUGAGGAUGUCACCGGAUAAAUGAGACUCGGAUUGUACUGCAUGAGUUCGAUGAAAGAAACAGAUGGUUUGAUUUAGUUUUGCUGUUGUUAAACAGGAUCUGUGUUCACUUCAGUUCAUGCAAGAAAAAGAAAGUUUUCUUCAGGAAUUCAAGGUUAUCAUGCAGUGUUGGUUUUGUCUGCAAUUUUUCAUUUUUAAGUAAUUCAAGCCAUAACUAAAUUAAAAUUAGCUAAAUUAAAUCGGGCAGCGAGGUGGCGUAAUGGUUAGCAAGAGGGUUCCUGGUUCGAACCCAGGGUGGGAGAGCCCUUCUGUGCAGAGUUUGCAUGUUCUCCCCGUGUCAGCGUGGGUUUUCUCCAGGUGCUCGGAUGUGUGCACCAAAACAACCAGGCUGAGACCUUCUUGAAGAGGUGGUCAGUCUGGUUACAAACAAACUCUGGUGCAGUUCGUUUGUGGUGAGAACGUGUUCCGAUGAGCAGCGCUAAAAUCAACCUGCGUAGUUGUCCCUCCAUUGUGACAUUAGAAAGUGUCACAUUUAUCUUGCAAGUGUACUCUUCUUCAACGUUUGCUUUACUUCCUGGAUUUUUCCCACAUGGAAAUUCUGACCAAUCAAGAGCAGCUUUCUCACACAAGGCAUUUGAUCUGGUCCUCUUGUAAAUGCUGCCGUGAGAACACGAACCAACUCUAGGCAAUUAUACAACUUUGGAACAACAUCAGUCCCUGAUUCAGACCAAAGGAGACGACUCUAGGUCUGAAAGCACCUUAAAUAUUAGGCGAUUAGGGCCUCGAAUUUGGAGCUACGCCUCUGGCAGUGAGUCACAGAUAUCAAAUGGUCAUUUUGCAGGUGAAGACUUCCUUUAAGUGAAUUGUGUGGUGUGUUCAGAGUCCAGUGAGGAGACAGAGUGUGUAAAGAAACAUAAUGAAAGUCGCACUUAUAGGAGAGUCGUCUAGAAACGCUCCUUCACUCACUCUUUUCUAUUUAUGCAGAUGUAUAUUGUGUAAUGUUUCGUGUGAAGGAAAGUGCCAGUCUUUUUAUUUCUUUAGAGAUGAUGUGAUUUUUCUUUUUAUUUUAUUUUUUUUGUUUACACUUCAAUGUAUAAAAUUAUGCAAUCCAACAGUGCCCAGUUUCAUAAAUGGAGCACCCUUGUCAGUGACACAGUAGUAGACUCUACACAAAGGCAGGAGUAGAUGUGCUGGUGAGGUCGCGUUUGUGUGUUACAAAGAAAUGAUGUCGAUAGUUUUGGGAGGCUCAGACUUGUGUCAGACUGCCACCUUGUGGACGAUGUCAGGUCACACCAAAAGUCCUGAGGCACAAAGAAAGAGGUGUACAUUUCAAACAUUAUUCUGAUGCAUCAUUUCAGUCAGUUUACAGUCUGAGUUUAAAGUCUUUAUUUAAUCCAUUAGGCUGUAGAGGUCAGCGGACGUUAACCCAACCUUUGGAUCUUUGUUUUUUGUGUGUGACGUGAAAAAAUUGCACUUUAUUUUGUGUCAAAUAUUUUUAUUUACUGGUGUUAUAUAUUUAUUUGAUAAUUUUUCUAUUUGUUCUAUUUAUUGAACUUUUUUAAUUUAUUUAUUCGAGCGUUUUUACGUCAUCAGUCAGUGAAUUUCUGCUUUACUACUGAGGUUAGUGAUUUAUACAUUUUACAUUUAGUCUAAGAACCCGACCAAAUCUGCGUGGCUCCCCUGUCGUGUGUGGCUCAUCCCAUGUGUCUGACAUUGUGAUUAUUGCUGUCAUGUCCAUCUUUGUCCAAGUGUUUGACUUUUCUUUUUUUACAGCGACAACUUUCUCUGACUGUUGUUGUCCUUUACAUCGCUUCAUAUUAAUUAACCACUGUUGUGAGAAAACCAAUGCAAAAAAGCCUGUAGAGCAGAGAUGUAAUAAAAUGCAGAGAAACUCCUCAAUGUGUCUUUUAUGUUGUUUGAGAUAAAACAAUAACAUGAUGGGUAUAAACUGGUUCAGAAUCAGCACCAUUAUGUUGCCACUUUACUUUUUUUGGAAAACUUUUACUCAGAGGUGUGGUCUCGAGUCACAUGACUUGGACUUGAGUCAGACUUGAGUCACAAAUUUGACUUUAGACUCGACUAAAUCAAAAAAGACU